CGCGGGUCCACGCUCGCAGACCCGCGACCGCCAGCGUGCGUAAUGUGUCGUAGGGAAGAACCACAGUAAAUAGACGGACACGUCCAUCCGCAAUAAAGAGGAAACGAAGACGGCGACGAUGGCCUCACCACGUUUCGCCUCCAAAUGCGCCGCUUUGAAGCUGUUUCUCUGGGUCUUUAUCGUCGUCAACCUCCCAACAAGCUCCUUCCAAAGCGACGACGAUGACGAGGUGUCGAACAAGACGUGGGUGCUGACGCCCAAGGUCUACGAGAGCGACGUCACGCACAUCCUGAACAGCCUCCUGGACGGAUACGACAACAAACUCAGGCCUGAUAUUGGAGUGAAACCCACAGUGAUCCACACAGACAUGUUUGUCAACAGCAUCGGCCCAGUGAACGCCAUCAAUAUGGAAUACACCAUCGACAUCUUCUUCGCCCAGACCUGGUACGACAGGAGGUUAAAAUUCAACAGCACGAUGAAGGUUCUGCGUCUCAACAGCAACAUGGUCGGGAAGAUCUGGAUCCCAGACACGUUUUUCCGCAACUCGAAGAAGGCCGACGCGCACUGGAUCACCACGCCCAACCGCAUGCUGCGGAUCUGGAACGACGGGCGGAUCCUCUACACCCUCAGGUUGACCAUCGACGCCGAGUGCCAGCUUAAACUGAACAACUUCCCAAUGGAUGAGCACUCGUGUCCCCUGGAGUUUUCAAGCUAUGGCUACCCCAGGGAGGAGAUCGUGUACAAGUGGAAGAGGAGCUCAGUGGAGGUCGGCGACAUCCGCUCCUGGAGGCUCUACCAGUUCUCCUUCGUGGGCCUGAGGAACACCUCCGAGGUUGUGAGGACCGUGUCCGGUGACUACGUGGUGCUGACUGUGUUCUUCGACCUGAGCAGGAGAAUGGGCUACUUCACCAUCCAGACCUACAUCCCCUGCACCCUGAUCGUCGUCCUCUCCUGGGUUUCAUUUUGGAUCAACAAGGACGCCGUACCAGCGCGGACAUCAUUAGGCAUCACGACUGUGCUGACCAUGACCACGCUCAGCACCAUCGCCAGGAAGUCCCUCCCCAAAGUGUCCUACGUCACCGCCAUGGACCUGUUCGUGUCCGUCUGCUUCAUCUUCGUCUUCGCCGCGCUCAUCGAGUACGGAACGCUGCACUACUUUGUCAGCAACAGGAAGCCCAGCGCCAAAAAGGACAAGAAGAAGAAGAACCCGCUCCUCCGGCUCUUUUCCUCAAAGCAGACACCCACGGUGGACAUCCGCCCCCGCUCGGCCACGGCCAUCCAGAUGAACAACGCCACGCACAUGCAGGAGCGGGACGAGGAGUACGGCUACGAGUGUCUGGACGGGAAGGACUGCACCAGCUUCUUCUGCUGCUUCGAGGACUGCCGCUCCGGAGCCUGGCGGCACGGCCGGUUGCACAUCCGCAUCGCCAAGAUAGACUCGUACGCGCGCAUCUUCUUCCCCACCGCGUUCGGGCUCUUCAACCUGGUCUACUGGGUCUCCUAUCUCUAUCUCUAGUGGCCCCCGGCCUUCUUAAACAUGCGAGCGGCGCUGGGAGGAAGGGACCCGCAGAAACACACCAUGGUUCGCUUCCUUUUACGUCCUGGUCCCAAUUAUCACAUUUCAUUCAUGUUAUAAUUUCUAACGCGCAUUGCAAAUGUUGUAGCAUUAAAUCUAACUGGCAGGAAGAGAUCCGUGGACGUACCGUAAAAACAUUGUGAGCGAAGUUUGUUGCUCUUUUUUUUCCCAAUUGAAAUUUCUUUUUAAUUACUUUCUAUGUGAGUCGUUCGACAAAACGAAACGAGCAAUUCACCGUAACGUCGGCUCACAUCAAACGCCCGUUAGAAAAUCUGAGACCGCAUCAUUUGCGUUUGUUAUUUACCUUUUUUUUUCCACUGACAGUGACAAACUAGAACAAAUCUGAAGCACUUUAAUAGAGCGACAUGCAGAGUCAGUACCGCUUUAGCUGACACUAUUAAACGUUGCAUUGUGUGGUCAUGAAUGAGGAGAAGCUGUUCAUGCUCAGCUGUACAGACACUGUAUAUAUAUUUUACUAUUACAUAGUGGUUUACAUUUAUUGCAUGCACCUUUUAGGCCAAAUACCAACAUGUUUUAUGCUCUUCUAUUGUUAGAUAUGGAAACAAAAAAGUUAACACUCUUGAUUAUCAUUCAAGAUUUAAUUCUACUUUUUUUCUAGGAAAACUGAAGAAAAUGGAUGAUAAAAAUGUGCCCAGUUUAUGAUUUUAGGUUGGGAACUUACCUUUGCAUCUUUUGUCUUCGCAUCAGAAUUCCUGCCCAGAUUUUCCAGUUUCUUUGCAGCCAUUAGCUUCUACCUUUUACCCUUUCCUCCACUCGCUGUUAAAAGCACACACUAACAUAAAUACACAGUGUUGUUGCAUUUAGAGGAGAAACUAUACAAAGACAACCUUUGAUCUUUACACAUUAGUUAAACCUGCAGCCAUGUCACCAGAGGUAAAUGCUGUAUGUUGGAUAUUUCCUUUGAUAAAUAGAGAAAUUCCAAAAAUGUGCAUCGGAACACAAACAAACAAAAAAUAUUCUAUUUCAUUCUUUUAGAAGAAGAAACACAUUCUGUAAAAGUAAUAAGCAAAAGUAGGAAACACUAACUGCUGACGUAAGAAGGCAUCUGACCCGUGAGAGCCUUACUGACGUCCUCAUUCACUUUUACUAACGUCCCCUUUUGAAUGUUGACCCGUUCAGAGAGAGCAAUGCGACGUAAGUACAGUACAGACAGACACGAGUAUGCAACAAACCAGAGGCAGUGCUUCAGUAUAAUUUACGAGCUCAUGAGGAGUGGAUGUAAACCACGCUGUUUAUGUACAUAAGUGACAAAGGAAAGAAAACACUUAACCCUUAAGAUUUUAUAAAAGGGUAUAUAUUUUCUAUUUCCUCCUUGUUACAGUAUAUCAUACAAUAAGUUAGAUUAUCGUAUUAUGAUGGACUGACCAUGUAGAAUACUGGGGGGUAAUGGGGUAUUUAUUUAUUUAUUUAUUCAUUCAUUGACGGUAUUUAUUUAUUUAUUUAUUUUAUUGAAUGAAAUCCUAUUUUAUGUUUCUAAAGCCCCUGUAAAGAAACAGAAUGCUGUCAUUUAUAUCGAUGAUACAUUUAUGUUCAGUGUGUCGAUGGAGCUCGAGCUUAUUUAUCUUGUGUUUUCUAUGUUGUGCUCAGUGUACACUACUCUCACAAAGGCCUGUCCAACUGUUAACUGUCCAGUUAGUGAGUUGCAACGUUACCCGUUGUGCAGCUUCUGAGUAGUAGAUUUGAAUAUUUCCAGGGGAAAAAAAAAAGAAAAACACAAAAAAAUAGUUCCCGAACCAUCAGAACAAAAAUAUUUGCUUGUGAGUGAAUCUUUCCACGUUUUCCACCACAUGGGUUGUCGUCGGUCUUAGUAUUUGCCAUCAUUAUUGACACAUAAGUGAUGAUACGAACAAUGCAUUUACUAGAUUGUUUCAUAUUCCCUGGAGAUUUUAUUACCUUCUGUAUUUAAAUGGUAGUCCUGUUGUGUUUCCAAGCUGCCACUAGUCCUAACCAGUCUUCAGUGUGGCCAUACUCUGUUCAUAGCGGUGUAGAAUGGUCAUUACCAGUGUCCAGUAGUAAAGACGUGUAACUGAGUGAUCACGUACAAAGUGCCAAACAGACGCACACGCAAUACAGAAUAUGGGACUCUAACACCAUUUGUCACUUCACUCGUUUCCUGGAUAAAUAAACACGCAGGAACUGAGCGUUCUCCUGUUUCACGAGCUGCCGACAUCCUGUUUCUGGCUUUGCAGGUGUUUGUUCUUUUUGUAACACGGUUCAAAUGACGUCUGUCCGGGUGCGAUCGACUUCACCUACUGGUAAUAAAAGGACGUUGUGUUUGACCAGUGGUGCAGAAAACAAGCGUUUCUGACUGAUGCCUCUUUGCUUUGGUUUUUCCCCCCGUGAUAACAGCUCUGGGUUGUUACUUAAUCUAUUCUAGCUGAUGUGAAGGUGUUCAGGUGUGUUGGAUGAACGCUACUGAAGUCUGUGCAUGUGGAAAACUCCCUCAGUCAAAACAAGGACGUUUGGAAUUGGGACUUGAGUAUAAUUUUUUUAGUACUUUGCCUGCAUUGACUUGGACUUUUAUUCAGGCAAAGUGGUUUCUUUUUUUGGGGGGGGCACAAAUGAGACAAAUGUAAACAGCACAUGUAGAUAUUUUCUAUUACGUAUUUUGUCAAACUGCAAAAAACGAAAUCUUGCGCAGAGCUCAGUGAAAAGUAUCCAAAAUAAAUUUCAUAUGAUUCUCACGCAUAAUGUAUGUUAGUUGUUUGCCAUCCAUGCAUAUUUGAGUCUUGUAUAAAAGGGGCACUGAUCAGUUCGGGUCUGCAUAAUAUACUCUACAUGUACUGGAAAAAAAUCCUUUUCAUAAGGGAAUUGCACAUAGCUGUGAAAUUUUACAAUAAAAUUGUUGCAUUUA